UGUAAUUCCUGGGAUAUUUACAGCAGAACUGAUAGAUACCAAAUGUCGUUAUGGUUGGUAUAGCUUAGCUUUGUUGUUAGCUUGAUAGCCGUUUCCGUCCAAUUUUUGCAUGGGUGGUCUCGCGGUUCUGACAGCCUGGAUUCUGCGCGGUAGUUGAAUCAUAAACAUGAAUAUUGCCCUUUAAAACUAACGUUCUUUUGAUGGAGAAGUUGGAGAUUGAGUGACCAUGGACCCUCUGUCCAGCCACAGCUCCUACCUCCUGCAGCAGCUCCAGGAGCAGAGGAUCCAGGGGCUGCUGUGUGACUGCAUGCUGGUGGUCAAAGGUGUCUGCUUCAAAGCCCACAAAAACGUCUUGGCUGCUUUCAGCUCUUAUUUCAGGUCUUUAUUCCAAAAUUCCCCCAGCCAGAAGAAUGAAGUGUUCAACUUGGUUAUCCAGGAUGUAGGUGGCAUUGGGCAAAUACUGGACUACAUGUACACCUCCCAUCUUGACAUCAACCAAGAUAAUGUUCAAGCACUUCUGGACAUUGCACAGUGUUUGCAGGUUCCAAAUGUACAGAGCAUGUGCAAUGCCUUCCUGAAGCCAUGCCCUCCACCAGUGGAAAUCUCAUCAUUUUCUCUACCAGGCAUGCUGGGCUCUGAGCAUGACUGCCUUUUAGGGAGCAGUCUUCCUCAUGAUGUUGAUCUCCACUGCCCCUCAGAAACCCAGAGGCCUGGCUUCAGCAGUGACCUGGACCAUACCAAAAGGAUGCCUGUUUCUGUGCUUCAUAGCAGCCAGAACUGUGACACAGCUAGCAGCAGUCAGGCACCUGUAGAGAAACAGCUAGUCCAUGGUUACAAGCUCCGUAACUUCUACAGUAAGCAGUACUUCAAACAAAGUGCGAUUCAAACUAAUAUGGCUGCCUCAAAUCAAGGCCCAGGCCCUUUGGUGCUGGGUGAAGAUCAGCAGUGUCAGCCUGGGGUCAGCCACACUCCCAUAUGCUCAGGAAACCCCACUCAGCCCAACCCUCCCUGUACAUCUGUGGCAAUAGAAAAGAACCCAGUCUCCACUUUAACACCAUCAGAUAAUUUAAACACCCCCAGCUCCAACUCUGCAGACUCCCUUCUCAACAAGCCGGUGCGCCCUAAAAAGGCCGUGUACCUGAAGAAAUACAACUACCUCCGCUCUCAGAAGGCUUUGGAGGAGAUGUUUGCAGAAUCAGUCAGUGACCCUGUCCUCAGCUGCCCCAAAGAGAGUCAUCAAGUGGAGUCUGUGGUCCAAACAGAAGUUUCACAAGCUCCUGCUGAGGACCAUAAUGAAGCCCAGGAGGAGGUUCCUGAGACAGCAACGGAUGCACAACUUCCCAGCCCUCCGCCUGUAAACCAAGAGCAGCAAAACAUGGAGACUGUGCCAGAGGCGCCACAGCAGACAGGACACAAGCAAUAUUGUUGUGAGGUGUGUGGGAAGAUCUUCAAACACCCAAGCAACCUGGAGCUUCACAAACGCUCGCAUACAGGUGAGAAGCCCUUUCAGUGUAAUGUGUGUGGGAGAAACUUCUCGCAGGCUGGAAACUUGCAGACACAUUUGCGGCGACACUCUGGGGAGAAACCAUACAUCUGUGAGUUAUGUGGUAAAAGUUUUACAGCAUCAGGUGAUGUCCAGCGUCACAAAGUGGUCCACACAGGAGAAAAGCCGCAUCUAUGUGAUAUUUGUGGUCGAGGAUUUAACAACUUGAGUAACCUCAAAGAGCACAAGAGGACUCAUGCCACAGACAAGACAUUCACAUGUGACCAGUGUGGAAAAUCCUUCAACACACACAGAAAACUUCUGAAGCACAAGGCUCGCCAUGCAGGGGAAAAACCACACAGCUGUGCUACCUGUGGGAAGUGUUUUAUUGGCUCAGGGGAUCUGCAGCGUCACAUUCGCUCACACACUGGUGAGAAGCCGUAUGCGUGUAACGCCUGUGGAAAGAGCUUCACCCGCUCGGCCAUGCUGAGGAGACACAGCACUUCACACUGUAAAGGAGCUCCAGCUGAAAGCCCAGCAACAGAAAACACAGACCCACCUAGGGGUUCAGAUGGAGCGGCCUCAGUCGCAGGUUCUGUCAGCCACAGUAGACCUGCAGCUACCAGUGAGGAGCAUUUUCCCAGCAUGAUGCCCCAUGCAGGGUUAGAGAAACCCCCACAGUCUGCUCCUUCACCAUCUCAACAAGCGUCACAUAUAGACACUCCAUCACCCAGCAUGCACCUCAGCCCAGCCUCUACCCCCACCCCACUUCCAGAGCUUCGUUCUCUGGUGCCCCACCACCUCCUCUCCUCCAGCCACCAGGACAAGAGUGCACCUCUGACUGCUACAGACCACAUGAAGCUGGCAAAGCCCCACCUGCCUCAGGAGGUGGUGUACGGUCCAUACGUGGAGAACGGGAACAUGUCAGUGGAGAUGGGCAGAGGUGUAGUGGGAAGGCCGUACCUGCCCCCUUCAGACAAUCACUGCAGUUCUCUGACUCCUUCUAGUAGACCCAGUAGUGGGUCCUACAGGUCCAGUGAAGGACAGUUUAUCUCCAGUGUGACUUUGUGGGGUCUGGCAAUGAAAACUCUGCAAAAUGAUAAUGAUAUGGAGCAGUAAGACGUCCCAUCGUUUUCACUCCCUCUACUCAGAAAUGCAGUUCAGAGUGUGGACCCAGGUGCUUAUUUUGACUGUUAUGUUUUUUCUCAUGAUUGUUAAACAGAGAAGAAUACAAAAAUUAUUGCUCCUUCGAUGGAGAAAACAUGAAAUUAAAGUGCUUCCAUGUUCUUCA